AUGCUCAAGACUGCUGCCCUGAUUGUGGCACAUAUGUGCAAAGAUGCUGAGGAUCCCAGAUUUUCACCUUGGGUGAAGUAUUCGGACUUCGAGGGGUUCACCAAUGCUGUUAUGCUGUUGGUCAACAGUGAGAAGGCUGAGCUCAUCUGCAACCUGCUGGAGAAGUGGGUCAGUAUUUUUGCCAAUGACCAGCAAGCAGAGCUGGCUGCCUUGUCUGCACUGCCCAAUGAUGAGUCAGAUGAGGAGAAGGAGUUUGCAGCAAUGUUGUCCAGACUUUUGAUGUCCCUAGCUGCCAUGGCCAGCCCCAUUAGGAAGGCAGAAAAGGACAAGGCCAAGGCCAAGGAGAUGAUGCCAGCAAAAGUGGGUGUGCCACAUGCCAAUGGCAGCAUGCUUGUUAUGCUGCCUGUGACCAGAGCAGGUGGGAGGCCAACCAAGGAGGACUCCAAGAAUGUGGGUUGGAUAUCGGAGGAGAUGCUGGCAACAAAGGAUGAGGCAGUGGUGGAGGAGUUUUUGCUGGAAAACUGUGUAAUGUUCAUUAUGCCACAAGCACAUGGUGUUCAAGGAUGGGGUGCUGCACCUGAGUGCAAUAUCAUGGAGCAAGCUGGCAGGGCAGUCUGUUUGGCUUGCAAGGCUGCCAAGAAGCCUUGCACUGCUCAUAUAGUGCAUAUUGAGAAAGCAGCAGCUCUGCCUGCAGCACUGGUGGGAGAGAAGCUCUUCCUGUCAGAGUCACCCAAACCCACCAAGAAGCCCAUUGCCUUGCCCACCAGCAAGAAAAUGCAGAAGCUGAGGUGCAUCUAUCCUGCCACCAAGCCCAAAAAAUGUCAGCAGGAGGACAACAAGGAUAAGGCUGGGCAUUCUCAAAAGUGGUCCCACCUUCCAGAGGCAGAAAUUGAGCUGCGAGUUGUGCCACUCCAUAUGCCAGAGCAUAAGAUGCUUGAGAUGAGGAAGAGUCUGCAAGUGGCUCAAAAAGCGGUGGCAGAUGUAACAGCCUGGGCUGAUCAGAUUCAGACUCUCCUGGGGAGGGCUCUGAAGGAGUAG